AUGUCGACCUCGAUGGAGGAGCGUCUUGCGCCAAAGCAUCAUGAGGAAAAGAGAAAGGAGAGGUCCGAUGAUGGGUCCCCGGAAUCCGACGAGGGCACUUACGUCCAAGAUGGCUCGAGUAAUGGACACCACCUCAGGGUUGAUACCUCUUACCAUGAUCCUGACAGAGAUGCCCUGUACUCACCCAGCACGGCCAGAGAAGAGAUCACUCGCCUUGACGACGACCUAGCAGUUUUAGAGGCGGAGCGCAUGGCUUCGCGUUCCACCCACACCCACGACGGAGAGUCAGAGAGGAAAGCGAAUGAUGAUGGAACAUCCAUGUCGCGCUCGCGUUCGCGCCGGUCUGAACGGGUCGACGAAUUUGAUGAAGCCACAAACCCGUUGCACGAAAAAGCUGCUGUGUAUAAUCCACCAGAGAACCCUAAUACGAAUAUCGCGAGAUUCAUCAAGAAGCUCCAUGAGUCUAGCUUCAUUGUCCGGUACUUCACCUACAUCGUGCCGCUCGUGCUCGUUCUGUUGAUCCCAUUGCUGGUCGGUGCGCUGGCGUAUCCGAAUGCCAGCGUGGGUGGUGUCCAAUUACUUUGGUUUUCGGUCUGGUUGGAGAUUGUCUGGCUUACUCUGUGGGCUGGAAGAAUUCUCUCCAAAUUCAUUCCCCAUCCUGUGGGUGCCAUUGCCAGUAUCUUCACCAACAAUGCGAAGAAGUGGCGUGACCUAGCCAGGCAAUUGGAGUUGCAUGCCACCUUGUUCUUCUGGUGGCUGGGUGUGGAGGUUUCUUUCCUGCCUACCAUGAGGAAUCACCACGUCGCUGGCACCAAGGGCACGCCUUCGUGGGAAACCACAGUCAACAAAAUCAUCAUUUCCAUCUUUGUCUGGACUAUUCUGAACCUGAUCGAGAAGUUCAUCAUUCAACUCAUCGCCAUCAGUUUCCACACGCGUACCUAUGCGGAUCGGAUUGAGAUCAACAAGUUCCAGAUUGGCAGCUUGACCAAACUAUACGAUUUCUCCCGGAGGAAGAUCACUGCCCAGGACCAUGAAUUUGAAGAAAACAAGCAGCCUGAAGCUAGCGGCGUCAAGACCCCUCUGCAAUAUGCCGGAAAGGCCGGGCGGCUGGCCAAGGGGGCUUUGAACAAGGUUGGUGAUGUCGCCGGUGCAGUGGCCGCAGACUUCACUGGCCGCACGGCCACCAACAGCAAUCACCCCUAUCAGGUCGUGUUGACAUUGUUGCGCACCACCAGCGGCUGCCAGGUCUUGGCCCGGCGUCUUUACCGGACUCUGGUACGGGAUGGAUACGAGACGGUUCUCUCUGGGGACCUGACAGACGCGUUUGAUAAUAACGAAGAAGCUGAUGCCGCUUUCACCAUGUUUGACAAGGAUAUGAAUGGCGAUAUUUCAAUGGAAGAGCUGGAAUCUGUGUGUGUGGAAAUCGGGCGUGAGCGGAAAGCUAUCACCGCGUCCCUGAAGGACCUCGACUCUGUCGUCGGGCGACUCGACAACAUCCUCGAAUUCUUCGUGAUAAUCAUCGCCCUCAUCGUCUUCCUCACUCUGAUCUCAACAUCGGCUGCCGGCGUGCUCACGUCCGCCGGUUCCAGUAUUCUUGCCCUGUCUUGGCUCUUCUCUGCUACAGCACAGGAGUUCCUCCAGUCCAUCAUCUUCGUCUUCGUCAAGCACCCAUUCGACGUCGGUGACCGUGUGACGAUUUACGGUAACGCCGGAGAUUCGGGCCUGGGCGACGACUAUUUCGUCAAGCAGAUCUCCCUCUUGUACACCGAGUUCAAGAAGAUGCAGGGUCACAUCGUGCAAGCCCCCAACAGCUAUCUCAACGGUCUUUUCAUUCUCAACCAGCGCAGAUCCGGCGCCCUUGCCGAAGCCGUACCCAUCGUGAUCAAAUACGGCACCACUCUCGAGCAGAUCGACGGGCUCCGUCAGCGGCUGUUGGAAUUCGUUCGCAGCGAGCGUCGCGAAUUCCAGACCAACAUCCUCACCGAGAUGCGUGAGGUGACCGAUAACUUCUCGGUAACCCUCAACAUCGUCUUCUUCUACAAAUCCAACUGGCAAAACGAGGGCCUGCGCCUACAGCGCCGCAACAAGUUCAUCUGCAUGCUCAUGAUCGCCCUGCAGGAGAUCGGCAUCGAGGGCUCUCGCAUGAACCUCCAGGGCGCUCGUGUCGACAUCCCCUUCCACAUCGCCGGAUUCCCCCCACAGAACGGGGCCGCUCCCCCCGGCAGCAGCGACGGCCGGUCUCCCCCGCCCGCCUUGCACGAGCACGACUCCUUCAACGAAAAGACCGGCGUCACCACCGCCACCCGCCACCCUUCGAUCCUCCGUCGAGGCAUCGACACCGCCGCCGCCCGCGCCCGUGGCGACUCCAUGCUCACGCGCAAGCACGUGGACUUCUCCCUGGGCAUGCAGAACGUCUCGUCCGCCGAUAUCAUGGGCGAUGUGUUUGAAGACCGCCGCACUCAUAUCGACGAUGUCGUUCGCAACGCCAACCGCGAAACGGCCGAGCGUCGCAUCCAGGAAGAGGAGGAGGAGGAGGCCGAGCGCCAGAGCCGUGCUUCCGUCUCCCACCGCAGAAGCCACUCCAACCAGAGCGUCCCGUCCGCUGCGCGCUCGGGUCGCCCGUCCGUCGACUCUCACGGCGGUCAGAGCCUGUCCUCCGUCGCUCGGGGUCGCUUUCUCCGUCACCGCAGCAGUAUCAGCAGCCGGGCGCCAGCUGAUCUCGAGCAGGGACAGUCGGCGAAUAGCCGCUCGACCUCCCAAGCUCGCAGCAUGUCCUCCAUCCAGAAUGAGAAGGGCUUGCAUGCACACGCACAUGAACAAUAA